AUGGAUGAGGAGGUCGCUGAAAGUUGGGAAGAAUCCGCCGAUAGUGGGGAAAUGGAAAAACGGCUAGAGGAGAAGCUCAGGAUUGCCCAGAGAGAAAAGGAGUCUAGUAUUGGUUCAACACGGUCUCCUCUGAGGACUGCAAUGGUGAUACAGGAUGAGUCUCAGCCCACGGUCCCCCCCCCUCAGAUCCGCAUCUUGAGGAGGCCAACAAACAAUGGGACAUUAGGCUCCUCCCAUAAUCAGGGUCGCCCCACUCCCCAGGUGAAAUCUCUGGCUCAGCGUGAGGCUGAAUACGCAGAGGCCCGUAAGAGAAUACUGGGGAGCGCUGGCCCUGAAGACCCCCCUCAGGACAAGGCCAGCACCGAUAGAAAGUCGGGGCGCAACAACAACUCAACACUGCCUUCGGAGGACUCCCGGUCAAACAACCACACAGUCCGCCAGCCGGUGGGUCCGGACGGCACCCAGGGGUUCCAGCAGCACAGAUAA